GAGAGAGAGAGAGAGAGAGAGAGAGAGAGAACUUGGAUGCCUUUGGGAUUGAGCAAAUACUCUUUAAGUUAAAGUUAAUACAGACCCCUUUAAGACUGACCUUGUCCGAUAAAAUCUCAAUAACCUUCCGACUGUAAUACCAGCUUCCACGUUUCUUCAUCUUCAUCCUCCCUUUCAGAUUCUCGAACAAUAUCUCCAUUACUAUGAUUUUCUUUGCAUUGAUUUAUGUAUUAUAAUGUGGAAAAUUAAUUAUAAGAAAAUAGCGCCUCAUCUGAUGGAUGAAUUAGGAAAAAAGACCACAUUAUCUGAUGGAUAUACCACAACGUAACUCUCUAUAUGUAUUAGAGGAGAAUCAGCCUUAACACGCAUAUCUUUUUAUUUUGCAUUAUAAACAACAUGUUUUCAGUCAAAAUAAUAAUAACAAUAACAUGUUUUUGAAAUUAUAAUUUGAUUAUAUAUUUUUGAGUAUUUUUUAAUUUUUAUACCUAUACUUGAGUCGUUCAAAAAAAAAUAACUAUACUUGUUGUUACCCUUCUAUUGUUUAUCAAAAAUACUUCUUCUAACUCGUUAAAUUAUAAUAUUGCAAUGUUGUUGUUUUUAACUGAUUGUUUCGAAUUAUUAUUUUCACAUAUUUUCAUUGAUUCCAUUAAAAUUUUAUAUAUUUUUAUUAUUUUUGUUUCCAUUUUGUUUGCUCUCUUUUUUGUUGUUAUAUUAUUUUUCUAUCAUUAUUUGUUACCCGGGUACUAUUAAUUGAAUUCUUGUAUCAUUCUAAAAAGAUGGGAAGAAAAAAUGAUUUUCUUUUGAUAUAAAAAUUUAUGAAGGUCUCAUAAGUAUUAACAUUGGAGAGUUUCCCUUGAUCUUUUAGAUGACGAGCUAGAAAGUAGUAAACUAUGGGAAAUAGCUGAUUAUUAUUUGAUGGAGGGAGUAUACACGUAGCUAACACCUUAUAAGAAAUUGCAUGCAAUACACAAAAUGAGUCGGUUAUUGUCCUGUUUUAAUUGGUGCUAUGAUGCUAUCAGCUUUGAGUUAGGAUAAAACGUAAUUUUUGAGGAGAAUAAUUUAUGUUAUGUUAAGAUACCCCAAUUUUAUGUUGAUUUUUUUGGGGAAAUGAUUGUUUUAAUUUUGUAAAAGGAAACUCUAACUAUUCGAGAUGUAUAUAUUAAUACACCCAUAAAAGUAAAAAAAAAGGAUACAACAUCUCACAAAGGAAUAGGGUCCAAGUAAUUGCAAGCGACACAUAAAAGCACGUUGGUCCGACAAUGUAGCUUAGAACACUGAACAAAACUUUAUUUCGCUUUGAUAAUUUCUAAACAGAACCAACCAAGAUUCGAACCAAACCGGACAAAAAGAACCUCCUACAUGAAGCUGCUUUACCAGUCACCCUAUAAAUACAUCCGCAAAACCCAUCUCUUUACAUACACAAACACAUCAAACUUAAACAAAUUUAACGUUCUAUUUUCUUGGAUCUUGGCGUGUUCUUGUACCGUCUAAUGGGAGGCAGCAGCAGAAAGAAGUUCUCGCUCUUCAGCUUCUUUAAAUCACGAAGGUCGUCUCACAGAGUUGAAGCAGACGCAUGGGACGAUGGCGUAUACACAAGAAAGGCAUGGGCCAGCGACGAGGACAAGCGAUAUUGGGUGGCUGAGCCAGGUAUUGACCGUAAAGCUUCUGCCUUCAUCGCCAAGUUCCAUGCCUCUCGUGUCUCUGAGUCUGAGUGCCAAACUCUCCCUCCUUGCCAGUCUCAUCAUAACUAGCCAUCAUCAUAAUCAUGAUGAUGAUGAUGAACGAAAGAAUGCCAAUAGCUUACUUAGUUUGGUUCUAUGUAUAUUCCCUUUUCUUUUAUGUUCAUGAUGCUGUCCUUAUGAUGAUUUGUUUAUAAAAUGCCUUACAUCUAGUUUAAAGCCAUU